UAUGCCAGCUAGGUAUUUAGCCACUGCAAAUGUAUCAGCAAUACUGUAGAGGAUCCAUUCCUUAAACCAUGAACCCUUUUUUUUUUUUGGCGCGGGUGGAAAUUCCCGUGCGCGGGGUUCUCUCCUCCCUUCCAAGCUUUUGCGCGACGCCGCCGCCCUCCCCCCUCCGCCGACCUUCUCCGACCGGCCGCAGCAGAUCCGACGGCCGCCGUCCCCGACGUCGUCCACCGCCCUUCCCGAUCUCCCUGCUGCCACGCCGGUCUGGAGCCGCCAUCCCCGACGUCCACAGCUAGCAGCUUCGCGCGGCGGCCCUCCCCGACGCGUACGCGACCUCCGAGCUGCCGCCGGCCGUCGUCGUCCGGCGCCGCCCUCCCGACCUACUCCGCAGCAUCUUCCGCUGCGCCUCCAUCCCCGACGUCAGCUUCCGCCGGCCGUCGUUCGGCGCGGCCCUCCUCGAUCUACCUCCGCAGCAUCUCCGGCGACUUCCCCCCGCUGCCACGCCGCCAUCCAUCCAGAUUAGGUGAGGCGGUGAGGCCUCGCUGCUCCCCUUCCUAUUUAUGUUUGCGUUUUUUUUUAACAAAGGUUAUGAAUCUUUCCGCUGAAAGAAUUAUAAGUAGAAAAUCAGCACGACCAAGUUUUGGUAACAUGACUAUAUGGCCAAGUCUUGGUCACCAAGAUGAUGUGAGCAGUAAAAUGGUUACUUUUUCAAUAAUCAAGCUGAGAGAAUUGAGUUCCUUCUUAAUUGGUGGUCAGAAGAUGUUGGUCCUAAGUUUAAUUUUUAACUGGAGGAUCACUGAUGCUAUUUUCAGUAAGAUGAAGCCUGGUCUACUUAUCCGACUGAUGAAGGUCCAAUCAGAUGUUUGUUGCAUUCACUUCAUGCCAUGACUUAAUUCCCAGUAGAAUAAUUCUUUUUUUAGAAUAGGUCACCAGGGGGGAGAGCUUCCCCACCUGAAUUUGAAUUAAAGAGGGGGCUUGAGGUUUACAUUGACAUUACACAUUCAUAGAACGGCAAUAAUUGUUGAUACACUGUUGUAGCCCCGAAAAUUUGUGAGAACUCAAUGCACUGUUGUCCAAUAAAUAUUCUGGUAAAGGUUGUGCAUGCUGAAAAGGUAUGUAGUAUUUGUUACUUCUUGUAUCUUGUAGUCAUGUAGAUUGAUAAUGGCAAAGAUUUUUGGUAGUGUGUUAGGAACAAAAAGGAAUUGUGCGGUUGGGCUGAAAUAUUUAGAUUGGGAAAUUCUUGUAAAAAUAUUUGGUAGUGCUGCUGAAAUAUUCUGGUUGGGAAAUUCCUUAAAAAAAGGGCAGUGUGCUAUUGGGAUAGGAAAUGACCAGGUUAGUAGUACUUGUUCAGCCUUCGACCUGAGAUUUGGCAACAAUUAUUAACAGGAAUGUGCUCAAACUAAAAUCGUUUUUCGGGCUAGAGGUCUAGACAUUGUAAAUAAGUUUAGGCAACAUAUAUCAUUGUAAAUAGCAUGUAUACCAUUGUUUUUUUUCUCACAUUAUGUGGGCGACAUAUAUCAGCUAGUACCCGGAGGUUUAUCUUUGAAGGUAGCUUGAGUACUUCUCAUAUACAUAUAUAUUGGAUGCCAUAUAGAUUAGCACUUGUGAACUUGGAUAUCUGUGUAAUUAUGUAUGUGUACUCGUUUUAUGUUUGAAGAACAAUGAAUCAAAGGUUGUCUAAUGCAAUGGAAAGGAGACCUAACGGUGAUCUGGAGUUCUCAUGGAAGAGGGCCCGGUUGCAUGGCCAGCACAUACUACCGGAGGUUCGUGAUCAAGGUAACGAGCCAACUUGCGUCUUCCAAGCCGUCUGUGCUGCUGCGGAGAUGACGAUGAUGAGAAAUCUUGCUGAUCGUAACCCCCCCAGCUCUACCGAUACCAGGUUUGAUGCUGAACUGCUAGCGCAUGACUAUGAGGUAGAGGUUCAGCGGUCUCUUGGUAAGGACCAUGACCUGGGUCACACCGUGCGGGCAGAUACAGCCUUGCGUUUGUUUGGAAGUAUUGGGGCAUUGGCAACGUCAUCAGGUUGGGAAGGCCAUCAAAGGGUCAGACUCAGAAACUAUCGCUCUCUGAGUAUAUCGAACUUCGAGAGGGUUGCAGAGUACAUCAUCCAGGGCACACCUCUACUUGGCACACUGCCAACCGGUGAUGAAUUCAGGACGAUGCUUCCCGAUGAAAUAUUUGAGUUUCGUCGGGGACUUUUGCCAGCUGGAACUGUGGCAUCAACCCAUAUGGUUCUCUUCAUGGGCUUUGGCUACAGGAAUGGCCGCCCAUACUUGGUGUUCCUUAACAGCAACGGCAAGAGCUUCGGAGACGAGGGUUUGGGCAGGGUGUACUUUGAUCAGAUCUACGCUGAGCUGUUUUAUGCACUGAAUGCCAGAGCCCCUGAUGCCUCAGUACGGACAAGUCAUCAUAAUGAAGAUGCCAGCGCCUCUACCUCGGCGACCAUUCAGCAGUUUACACUGUCUUCAUCUGCUAGACCUGGACCAGCACACACUGAUGCCAGAGCCUCCACCUCGUCCACCACCAUGCAGCUAUCAUCUUCAUCCACUCCACCGACUGCACCCCGACGCCGAGAUGAUCAGCCGUCUCCUCCCCGGCCGGCACAGCGCCGUCGGCUGUGACCUGCACUAACUGUAUCUUCUAGACCUCUGUUGUCGUUCGAGCUACACCACGCCUAACCUUUCUGAGAUCACUACCAGUAGUACUACCUUGGCAGCAAUGCUGUGGUAUCCAUCGGCUUAAACUUACUGCUAGUAUAUACUCAUAGAUACUGCAAAUCCUUAAGCAAAUCACUAUAUUACUAGUAACUCUUUACUAACGAGACUUUUUACAGUGCU